GCGCGAUCAACUUCUUGAGACCACCACGACGAACCCAAUCCUCUCCGAUACAUAACGGCCGCAGUACAUCGCAUGGAAGGGUUUCCAGCACCGCCGUAGAACGUUGGCUUCCCCCCUCCAAGGCGAGUGCACCCGCAGCAAGGCAACUUGACCCGGAAUUUGGGAGGAAUCAGGAUGUCGGGACUUUCAGCGGCGGAGAUCAGGGCUAUCACGUUCUCGCAGUACAGAGAUGCCAUUUGUACGUUCUCCGGCGCCGGUAAGUCCGCUGUCAGUACUUCAGUGCUAGCGGCAGGCCGAUAUCGACUUCCUCGAUCACUCCUGUCAAUGUCACAGACGGCUGACAUGCAUGGCCAGUGAUGCUGCUAUAUGACUACCUCCUCACGGUCGACCAGGAGGCGGAGCUCAUAUGGAGGAAGCCCAACGCGACGUCAAUCAUCUUCGGUCUCAAUCGAGUCGUCACACUUGGGCUCGUCUACGAGUAUACCUUGUAUCUGCACCAUUAUACGUACGGAAGCUGCAAGGGCACGACGAUAUCAUCUGCAGUUUUCACCUUUCUCUCGUACCUCGUUUGGCCGGCUGUUUCCGGCCUUAGAGUGUUCGCACUCACAAAGCGGAAGUGGUGGCUAGCGAUAUUGACGUUCGUGUUGGGCAUCGCACCAUGGAUCAUAGAUGUGUACAUUGUUGCGACAUUAUCGUUCCGCGUCGUCCCGGGUCCUCUGAAGGGUCAAACCAUGUGUCAAGAAGACACCACCGUAAACCGAGGGUUCUACUGGAAAGCGCUCGUCGUGUGCCGUGGAUGCAGCAUAGCGUCCGACCUCAUAGUCCUGCUCGUGACUCUGUAUCGCAUAUUCCCUCGGCCCCUCGCACACUGGGGCUUGAUCUGGAGACAAUCGUUCGCCCAGAUAUUGCUUAGAGACGGGGUGCUGUAUUGCGCGGCGCUGACCGCGAUCACUGCGACGGAGAUCGGGUUAUAUCUAGCCGCGACAGACGACUUCAUCAACUUUUUCAUCGCGCCGUAGGUCGACCGGUUGUCAUUAUCCGCAGAAGAUGAUUUACAGGCGAUACCAGCAUAUCCACCGUAUUCGUCUCCCGUUUCAUACUCAAUCUCCGUGCGUGCGCUGCGGAGGCCGAUAUGGGCGUCGGCUCCUCCGAGAGCACCACGUUCAACGGGUCCACUUCGCGAACGCUGACGUUUGCGUUCACUCAGAUUACACGUGAGUUCCUUGACACCAUGUUCCCUAUCG